CAGGACCACCGACGCACAUGGUGGCUGUUGUUUGUCCUCUUGACAAUACGAGGGCGUGUCCUGCAGUCAUGCAUAUAACAGCCAGACCGGCAGCGCUAGGCUUCGGCGCCGCUGUCCUCCGCUCUCUGUGCAUCAGCAGCUUCACCGGCAGCCGCAGGCUUUUUACCGCGAUGGCCGAGCUCCCGUCCGAUCGAGUGGUGUUCAACAAGCCAAAGGUUGAGCUGCAUGUGCACCUCGAUGGAGCCAUCAGGGUGCAGACCAUUCUUGAUGUUGCCAAGAGACGCGGCAUCCCUCUGCCAGCAAAUACCGUGGAGGAGAUGACGCAGAUCAUUAUCCUCCAGAAGCCUGCAACCCUCACCGAGUUCCUGGGCAAGUUCGCAGAGUACAUGCAUGUGGUUGCUGGAGACAGAGCAGCCAUAAAGAGGAUCGCCUAUGAGUUCGUUGAGGACAAAGCCAAGGAGGGAGUGGUUUAUGUCGAAGUCAGAUACAGUCCGCAUUUACUGGCUAACACUAAAGUCUAUCCAAUACCAUGGAACCAGACAGAGGGGGACCUGAGUCCGGACGACGUGGUGCACCUGGUAAACACGGGCCUCAGCGAGGGAGAGAGGGCCUUCAAUAUCAAAGCCAGGUCCAUUCUAUGCUGCAUGCGCCACAUGCCAAGCUGGUCCAUGGAUGUGGUGGGGCUGUGUAAGAAAUACCAACAAGAAGGUGUGGUUGCCAUGGAUCUGGCAGGCGAUGAGUCCCUCAACUGUGAAGCCAAUCCAGAUCACAGGAAGGCCUACGAGGAAGCCGUGCGCUGUGGGAUCCACAGAACAGUUCACGCAGGAGAGGUGGGGCCCCCGUCCGUAGUGAAGGAGGCGGUGGAAGUGCUGAAAGCUGAACGGGUUGGACAUGGGUACAGAACCCUGGAAGACAAAGUUCUGUACAAGAACCUGCUGGCUCAGAACAUGCACUUUGAGGUGUGUCCUAUUUCCAGUCAACUGACGGGUGCCUGUGACCCAGACUUCACCAAACAUCCGGUCAUAACGUUUAGGAAAGACAAGGCAAACUACUCCCUGAAUACAGAUGACCCACUGAUCUUCAACUCGACCCUGCACCUCGACUACAGCAUGGCGCACAAAUACAUGGGAUUUACAGAGGAGGAAUUCAAACGGCUGAACAUCGGUUCUGCAAAGUCCAGCUUCCUGCCUGAGAAGGAGAAGGAGGAGCUUGUCCACCAGCUGUACGAGGCGUAUGGGAUGAUACGGACAACUGGCUUUUAAACCCGACCAAGAAGGACGUCUGAGGAGGAGGCGUGGCCUAACCCAGGGAUCAAUCACUCCUAACCCUUAAUCUCACCCACCUGAUGCAGCGGAAUGUCUUUCCCUCAUUUGUAACCAGACAUAAAACCUACAGGAUAAUAUGAAAUAUGCUGGUUACCAUAUGGCUGCCUCACAUAUUUGUACAUCAUCUUGUCAAUAUUCAAUCUCAGUACUUAAGAUACUUUUAAUACGUUUACAGCUCAGUUUCCAAAGGAUGUCAUGGUGCUCUGCAUGGUGUUACAAAUCCAGGCAGGAAAAUUAUGUGUUUAUGAAGCUGUUUUUGAUGAUAUGAAACCUCUGGAUACAUUCUUCAUCUUGUGUUUACAUCCUGUUGUCAGGAAGAGAAUCAGGGAAGCUGUCGAUGCACACUUACUCAACAGUCUGAACACGUAGUCAGCAUGUAAGGGAAGGAGACGGGCGUUUGCUUAUCUUUUGGAGGGAAGAAUAUGCUACCUAGGGGGUAACAUAUGGCAGACUGUUAAGAUCCGUAGUUUGGUUUUAGGGAAAAGUAAUUUAAUCAAGUAUCGAACGUGUGCUUUUUGCCCUAAACGCAUAACAAAAAGGUAAAAUGGCUAAAUACCAAAAGUAUACUCACAUUAGAACACUAGGGGGCGCACUCCAGUCACCUAGAUGGACAAACCAGCUGACUGGUUUUGCACAUCGUAAUUACUCAAUUCUUUUGAAUUAUAUUUUAUUUCCAUUUCACUACUUAAAAAGAGAGCACUUCCACUUGUAGACAUGUAUGGCACUUGUGAAAAGUAUCUUUGAACAUAAUAAAAUGUCUCUUUCA